AUUGCGUACUUACAGGUCUCGUACCGGAAGUCGCGAUAUUUUGCGCUUGUGUAAUAGAAAUAAACAAGAGCGGUUUGGCUGUGCUUGGCAUUGGGACUAAAUCAUAUCGCAUCCAGCAACCCCCGCCAUGGGGACGUCUAUAUCCCGGCUGACGAAGCAAAACGCUGAGGACUGCGACAGCCUGACUGAAGCCCCGGAGUCACCUAACUCUCACAGUGAGGAUGGCAAGGAUGGCAAGGAUGGUGACGUGUCCCACUACCCCUACAUGGAGUUCACUGGCAGGGACAGUGUCACGUGUCCCACGUGUCAGGGCACGGGCAGGAUCCCGCGAGGACAAGAAAAUCAGCUUGUUGCAUUGAUUCCAUACAGCGACCAGAGACUCCGUCCACAAAGAACGAAGCUGUAUGUCACCGUGUCAGUGGUCGUGUGCCUGCUUCUGUCUGGACUGGCCCUCUUCUUCCUGUUCCCUCGCUCCAUUGACGUGUCCUCCGUGGAGCUAAAGUCUGCAUACGUCACCUAUGACCAUAGUAAAAAAAUCGUCUAUCUCAACAUCACGAACACCCUGAACAUCACCAAUAAUAAUUACUACUCCGUGGAGGUGGCCAACCUCACAGCGCAAGUUCAGUUCUCUAGGACAGUGAUCGGAAAGUCCCGUCUGAGCAACGUGAGCUACGUGGGGCCGCUGGACAGGCAGCAGAUUUACUUCACCGUUCACACCGUCAUAGCAGAUGAAAUUAGCUACAUAUAUUAUUACUGCACCCUGCAGUCCAUCAAGGUGCACAACAUCGUGCUCGUAAUGCAGGUGACCAUCACCACAUCCUACUUCAGCCAUACGGAACAGGUGUCCCAGGAGAGAUACCAGUAUGUGGACUGCGGUGGGAACAGCACCUCCACAGGCCGGCACUCCACGGGGUCCAGUGGUCUGAUAGCCCACCAGUAACCUCUCCAGUCCGGCCCUGUUAAACACUUCCUGCCACCCCAGUCCCCAAAGGCCCCCAGGCACACAGGAGCAGUUUGCAGUGUCGUCCUGCUGAGCCAUAGCCCAGAUCGUCCUCCACAUCCGACCGCCCUGUACCUGCUCUGGCCUCGUGGUCCGGAGACCAUCCCGUUCCCACAGUACCGCCGCCACGGAGGGAUGGAGCAGACGGCAGGAUGUGUCCUCGCCAGCGAAAGCUCUCAUCCCGCUGCUCUUAAACUGUUUCUGGAGGAUUAGAGAUGCCUUUCAGAUGCAUUUAAAUUUCCAUUUAGGGCCAGUGUGUAGCUGGUUGUGCUGUUGUAUGUGGUGUUUACAAUAUUUUGGUGGUUUGCAUAUUUGCACUUUGUCAGUAAAAACAAACAUUUUAAAAAGCUUCAAUUUUCAUGCAUUGCAUUGAUAUGAAUUAUGAUUUAUAUAUAUAUAUAUAUAUAAAAAGCCAAAUUAAGUUAUUUAUCAUUCCAUUAACUGCCAGUUAGAGGUAGGGUGUUAAUGUAGGCACUAGAGCCAGAGUUAGUACUACUAAAGUCAACCCAUACUCACAUAUUACCAGUUGAGUUUGUUGUGUGUAAACUACUUUUAUUCUCUUGUACUGUGGUUUGAGUCAUCCACCUUAUGAAGCUGGAAUACACAGAUUUUACAGAAUGAAAACUAUUUCAUUCAAAGUCAAAUUCUCAGUUUUCUUGGACCGCCUGCGUGCGUGCGUGCUCACAUACGAAUGUGUUUGUGGUACCUCUGAUUUUACCAUUCAGCUGUAGUCUGAAAUGCAGUCAUGUUUCCCAAGGGGCCAAAAGUUCUGGUGGUUAUUAACACUGUAAUUCUAAACCUUCGCCUUGACUUCCCAUUGCAUGCCUGCAGGGGGCAGCAGCACACUUUGAAAUUUGGAAAUGAUUUUUCCAUUUAUUUAUUUAUUAUUUUUGUUAAUAUUUUUUUGCAGAAGCUUACCACUUGGAAGGAGUGUGGAUGCUGAAAUGUACGUUAUUGUUUUUAAGUGUGACCCACCAUCAGUAGGGAUGAACCAAGGACCCCGAGUGGUCAUUUAUUGUAUACCCAGUCCCAUACUUGUUUCUUGCAAGGAAACUGAAAUCCUUCACUGACAUGGGGGAAAACACCUGGCAAAUUUUUGUUGGUUUAUUAUAAGGAGAGUCUGUGGAAUAUUGUACUUUUAUGCUUCACAGUUGAAUAUCUGUCAAAUACAUUUUUGUGAUAUUCUUUCUACAAAUAUGUGUGCGAUAAUUUUAUGGUAUUCGUAACUGAAUCCAUGAUUGUGGGACUUGGUGUCACUUUAGGGGUUACAGGUAGAAAAUUAAAAACAUAACUCAUUUUCUGAAAACGCUUGUCCUGUUCAGGUUCAUGGGGGUUCUGGAACCUAUCCUGGAGGUUACAGGCUCAAGGCAUGGGACGCCAACCCAUCGCAGAAACCUCUGUAUACAUAUAUAUACAGAUAGAUUUUUUGUUUGUUUGUUUUAGCCAAAUGAUUAGAUGCGCUAUACUUGAAUUCAAGAGGGGAAUAUAAAAGUGCAUAUUCUCUGUAACAUUAAAAUGAUUGGGGGAGAACUUCUGGCUUGCUGGCAUGAGGAAUGGCUGGUAGACAAGGCCCAGUUACAGAUUACUGUCAUACAGGUGCAACUUGAAUCAUUAUAAGUGUGUCAUACUGAGGCUGAGGUCACUGGGUUUGGCUCACCUGACCCACAACGAAUCAGGCUUUAUUGGUGCCUGGGCUUCCUGGGACAGGUUCCAGAAUCUACAGUGUACAAUCCUGGACAGAAUAAAUGCUUUGGGGAUAUGAAUGAAAGAAAGAUCUGUUCAACCUUUGGUUUUUUAUUGGACAUAGACUAUGAGAAUAAUUCUGACUCAGUGUAUUAAGUAACUAAAGAAAAUGAAUUCAGUCAAUUCAAAUAACUCUCUAAAUUAACACUCCUUUAAUACUACAAUGAAUACUAAUGUGUAGCUAAAUUUUGCAUUUAUGACUAUUUUUUUUCGUGUUUGUGCCGCUAUUUUUCAUGUUUUUACUUAAUGACUUGGGAGGGGAGUUAUGACAUCACAGAUAUGGAAUUGCUAUAUUAAGUCAGUUGAUUCCAUCAAACUAAUUUUCACUUAGAACUGUCAAGGUGUUUUUGACAAGAAAUUUACCAUUUAUGCUGAGAAUCCAUAUUAAUGGUCCAUAUAUGUUUUAUCAACUAAAUGGUACGUAUAUAUUUCUCAGUACAAACAUACAUUUUGUCAUAUGAAAUAGAAAUUGUAAUUUUCUAUUGUGAUUUCUCAGCAGUUUGGAUUGAAAGAAGAGAUAAAACAAUCAAAUAAAUAUUGUCAUUCACUUA